CAUUCUUUGACAGCUAAUAUCAACCUCAAUCACCUCAAUUGAUGAUGUGUUGAAAAAAAAAAUUAUUCUCCGCAAAAGAGCAAAAGUCGCAGAAGUUUUUUUUAUUAAAUCAAAAAGAUUCAAUUAAAGAUCCCGAAUAAACAAUGGCUGGACAGAAAUUCCAAUACGAUGAAAGCGGCGGAACAUUUUUCUACUUUGUAUUAUCAUUUUUAGCGUUAAUUUUGAUACCAACAACUCUUUACUAUUGGCCGAGAAAGAAGAAGGAAGAUCCAGAUAAGUAUAAGGACGAAUGUCACUGUCCUGGCUGCACGGAUAAGCGUAUUUUAAUUGCCAAUUCCGAACCAUACAAGAAUGUGAAGGCGGUGCUGAUAAAACUGAGCAUAGUCUUCGGUUGGGCGCUUCUCAUAUAUUUGACAUAUCGCGUAUCGCAAUUCGACUAUGAAAUGUCCAAUUUUGAUCCAUAUGAAAUCCUCGGAGUACCGUUGGGCUCGUCACAACAAGCAAUUAAAAAAGCUUACAGACAAUUGUCAUUGCUUCUGCAUCCUGACAAGGAAACCGGUGAUGAAAAAGCUUUCAUGAAAUUGUCUAAAGCAUACCAAGCGCUUACCGACGAUGAAGCCAGAAAGAAUUGGGAAAAAUAUGGCAAUCCUGACGGUCCGGGUGCAAUGAGCUUCGGAAUUGCGCUACCAUCGUGGAUCGUGGAGAAAGAGAAUUCCGUGUGGGUACUCGGACUGUACGCUUUAGUUUUUAUGGUUGCUAUGCCGGUUGCCGUCGGAACUUGGUGGUACCGAUCGAUCCGGUUCAGUGGUGAUAAGGUGUUGCUGGACACAACACAAAUGUAUUUUUACUUCUUUCAUAAAACGCCACAAAUGGCUAUGAAACGGGUCAUUAUGAUAUUGGCAGCUAGUUUAGAAUUUGACAAACGACACAAUUCGCAAGUGCUUGAACGUCCAUCGGAUAACCUUGAAGUUCCUGCUCUUAUCAAUAAGCUUCCGAAUUUGAACGAGAAAUGUAAAGAAGUUCCGCUGAGCCGUAUGUAUUCGGUAAAAACUCGAGCUAUCUUACACGCACACCUAGGACGAAUAGCAUUGAAUCCGGAAACAUUAGAGAAAGAUCGACAACUAAUCGUGCAAAAGUGUCCUUAUCUUAUACAAGAAAUGGUGUCCUGCGUGAAUCAAUUAAUUAUGUUGGCGUACGCUCGACGAAUUCCAAAAUUACCGAAAAUCGAGACGAUUGAAAACUGCAUGAAACUGUCCCCGAUGAUUUUGCAAGGACUGUGGGAAUUCAAAAGUCCGCUCCUUCAGUUGCCAUUCAUCACCGAUGACAAUAUUCGCAUGUUUUCGAAAGCGAACAUCAAAAAUCUUCAGCAAUUGGCUAAACUGAAUGCAGAUGAAUCGAGAAAGGUCAUGAAGCAUUUAACCGACUUCGAACGUGAAAAUCUCAUAAAGGUGCUGGGUAAAAUGCCACUGAUAGACUUCAGCCAUCGUUGUGAAGUUAUCGAUGAUGAGAACACAAAUGUUGUUACCGCCGGAGCAAUUGUAACUGUAACGGUGACGCUGAAACGCAACAAUAUGAGCAAAUUGUUCGGCGACUCAUUUGCCAAGCUUAAGGAUGAAAUUCGGGAAGAUAUAGAAAUCACAAACAACGAAAACGGCGAAGCAGUAGAGGAACCGCCUCAAGUGAAGGAAAAGAAGUCGAUGUGGAAGAGUAUGAAGCCUAAACGUGGAGGACCGGGAGCGAAAAAUAAGCAGAAAGGUUCGAAAAAAUCGCAGCCGCAACAACAAGUGGUGAAACAGGCGGAGGUUGCAAAAGAGGUGAAAGUGGCUGAAAAAGCAAAGGAUGUGGCGGAAAAGGCAAAGGAUUCCGAAUCGGAGGCAGAAAGUGGUGACGAGAGUGACAAUGAAGAGAAGGAGGAAAUGUCAACGGAUGAUGAGAAGAAAGAACAAGUCGAAUGGGAGAAAAUCCAACAGAAAUUGAAUAAACGCGAAAAAUUAGAAGGAAAAUCAAAAUUGUCCCAUAGUGUGCACUGUCCUGGUUUCCCAGAAGACAAACAAGAAUACUGGUGGACGUACAUCUGUGAUCGGAAAUCACGAACGCUACUGACUGCCCCGUAUCACGUCACCAAUUUAGUGGAUACCGAAGAAAUUCAGCUUAAAUUUACAGCACCACGAUGGCCAGCGAUUUACACAUUUUGUGUAUGCUUACGAUCGGACUCAUACAUGGGAAUGGAUCAACAGCAAGAACUGAAAUUGGAUGUGAAAGAAGCGCCGGCUGUACCGACCGAUCAUCCUCAAUGGGAUUUGAGUGAAUCCGAGUCGGAAAAAGAGGAUCCACAGGCCAACGAAAGUGAAUUCACUACCGACACAUCCGAUGAUGAGGAAUGAAUGGGGGGGGGCUCGAAUCGUGAAAGAGGAACUCAAUUAUCAUUUCGGUGUUCAAAAAUUUCAUUUCGUUUUCCAUGGAUAAACAUCAUCAUUAUCAUCAUUGUCAUUCCUCCAUUGUAUGGAUCGAAUAGAUUUCGUUUCGUUUCAAAUGAAUUUCUUGUUUUAUUUUCCAAUUAAUUUUCAAAGUUGAUCAAAAAUAUUUAGAAUUUAAGUUCCAGUCUGCUUGUGGAUGGAUUUUCUUUUUUUAUUAUUAUAUAUUUCGGUUGACCCAUUCGUUUUCCAAAUUAGAAUUUCGAAUAUUUAUGUUCAUUGUAACCGAGACAAUUUUGUUUUUCUUGUAAAUAUUAGAUCAGGAUUUAUUAUUAGUGUCUAGCUUAAGAAUGUGGUGUAACUUUUUUUAUAAAUGUAGUUUUCUUCUUCUCUUCGGUUAGUACACAUUUUUUUACACAUAAAAUUAACUGAUACUAGGGCUUCGUAACGAGAGAA